GUACCAGACGAAACACAAAGGAUCUGUGAAACGGGAGGUGAUGGUGAUGGGAUGGGGCCCUAUUCAUUGCUGACAGUUGGGAUUUGCAUAGCGUCAUGUUUGGAGGUCGGACAUUAUAUCACGCCUACAAAAACAGCCUUGUUAUGUGAGUUGAUGCAGACAGCUUAAAGUGAAAAUACUGAACUUUGUCACGCGUUACAUUUGCAACGAUAACAAGAGCUGCAGAUAUGUGACCAUAGAACAAAUCUGUAGAGAGACGUAAAGAGCUGUGUGACUGAAUCUCAUCAGAAUUCAUUUCAGAGGACGGAGAUGUGUUUUAUUGUAAGUAAGUGAAAGAAUAUUUUGAUCACACAACUUGCGAUGGUAAGAUACAACUGUCCCUUUAGCUGAAAAUGGGCCGUCAUAACAGAAAAUAGUGCAAAAUCACUCAAGACAGAUUUGGCGAAAUGAAGUACAGCACACAGCUCUUGUACCUCUCAAAUAUGGAGAGGGUGAAACUUAUACAGGUCUUUGUUUGUCCCUCUGCUUGUAGCCGUUCACAUGCCCAUUUCUGAGUAUUUUAUUCAAGGUACGUCAGUGGAGCGCCAUUCCCACAACAUAUUCUAAUGUAGACUAAAUCCAUGGACUCGGAUGAGGGUGGGCGGAAGGUGUUAAUGUGGGGGAGGUGGCCAAGGACCCAAAUAAGAAAGGGAGUAGGGCCGUCUACAGGAUUGUGUAUCUGACCGGCUGAGUUUGAGUCCUGGACAGUCGGGGAAAAGUCUGCUGCUAUUUCAUUUUCUUCAUGGCUGCUGUUCAAACAGAGGUUUCCCUGUGCACAGCUUGGCAGAGGCCUUUGUACAUCUAUGGGGGACUGGUAUGCAAUCCACUGAUGGCUGACUACUGGUCGGACAGGUCCCCUCUCCAUGAGGCUGCCUACCAGGGCAGACUGCUCCACCUCAGAAGCCUCAUCGCUCAGGGCUUCCACUUGGACACACUCACCAUGGACAGAGUCUCUCCCCUGCAUGAAGCUUGUCUCGGUGGACAUUAUGCAUGUGCCAAGUUCCUGUUGGACAACGGUGCAAAUGUGAACACAGUGUCAAUAGAUGGGGCCACACCUCUCUUCAACUCCUGCAGCAGCGGGAGUUCUGCCUGUGUCAAGCUCAUUUUGCAGCACAGUGCCCUCAUCAGCGCCCCCUGUCAGCUGGCAUCGCCAAUACACAAGGCCGCAAAGAGAGGCCACAGAGAGUGUCUGGAGCUGCUGCUGAGCUACGGAGCACACGUUGACAUGGAGCUGCCAGUAGUGGGGACUCCGCUGUACGCUGCCUGCACGGCUGGGGCCGCUGUCUCCGUGGAGCUGCUGCUUCGCACAGGAGCAGACGUUCAAAUAGGAUGUGGACAGGACAGCCCUUUGCACGCUGCAGUUCGAUUUGGAGGAGCCGACGUCGUGGACCUUCUGCUGGACUUCGGAGCUGACGUGUGUUGUAGGAACACAGAGGGAAAAACUCCCCAGGACCUGUCAGCACAAAACAGCCCACUGAGAACCAAACUACAGACAAGAGGUCCGUACGCUCUGUCUGAGCUGAGUCGGUUCUGUAUUCGCAGACGUCUGGGAAGGAAUCGUCUGCACAGAGUGUCCAGCCUGUUCAUUCCUGGCAGUAUCCAGGACUUCCUCCUCUACGAAUGAAGCAUCUCCAGCUUGAUUGUGAAUCCCGGCUCGGCCAGGUUCUUUCUGUAAGGAGUUUGCAUGUUCUCUCUACAUCUGUGGGUGUUUCUCCGGGUACGCCAGCUUCCACCCAAAUGGCCGAAGAAAAGCAGCUUAGGUUGUUUGGCAUUUCUAUUUGUUUGUAGGUGUGAAUGGCUGUUUGUAUCUGUAUAUCAGCCCCGUGAUCUGCAGGCGGCCUGUGAAGGGUAUAACCUGCCCCUGACCCCUAUCAAAGGAUGGAUGCGUUUAAUAAUUACUGAUCACGAAAAGUUCAGAGAUCACCUGUAUUCAUAUUCUAGCCACUGUGAUGUAUAUUUAUACAUUUAAGGAAAAAAUAACUGGAUGUUGAAUAAAUAUAAAAACAAGUGAAGUGGAAUUUAAUUGAUUUUACAUAUCAACACCUGUUUACAGUUGUAGGGGUGUAAAACUGCAUAGGCAAAGCAGAUGCAUAAAAUAUUUUGGAGGCUCCAGGGAGUUUGGGUCAACACUGUAAAGUCUUUCUAACUGUCUGGAAAAUGUGGCAUGGUGGUGUGGAGAGAAUAGAGCUCAACAAGGGCUGUUAUCCCCGCCAGGUCUCUGCAAAAGUCAAGAGGGUGGGAGCCACAUUAGCCGGCCCUCAGCUAGCAUAACACAUGUGAACGAACAUCCAAAUGGUUUAUAAUCAAAGUCGAAUUGUUGCUGGUGCAGAUGUAUGAAAUGUAUAUAUAUUUUGUGACUAUUGAUUAUAAUACACAAUGGUCCACUUUGACAGUGUUGCAGGAGUGCAAUACUAGAUCUACACUUUGAUAUUGCAAUACAGGUUUUUACAGAAUGUGCAAACCCCUGUUUUCACUGAGGGUAAAUUUGUAUUUUGUCAAAAGCAUUGCACGAAAUAAUAGCAAGCCAUCAGUGUCUUUAUUAAAAUUAAUAAAUUGUGAUAUGCUGCAGAA